UUGUCACUGGUCGCUACCAUUCAUUACGGUUCAUAUCAGUUCAGUUACCGUGGUUUUGUUACAUUGGGGGAGAAAAAGGUACCGGAUGAGCUUUCAAGAGGUGCUUACCUGAAUGAAGAGAGCAUCUACAUUGGCAAGAGUACUCCUCCAGCUGUGAUAAAACUAUACCAAGAAGAGUACCAAAAGGACCUGUCUUUGUUCCUGACGCUGCGAUUCAAUGAACUUGUACGUGGUGGCCAUAUGGUUCUAACAUUUCUAGGCAGAAAGAGCAAAGACAUGUUGUUACAUGGUGAAGCAAGCAGCAUGUGGGACUUGCUCGCCCAAGCUCUUCUCUCUCUAGUGCUGAAGGGCCUUGUGGAGAAGGAGAAGCUGGUCUCUUUCAACCUUCCAUUUUAUGCUCCAUCUAUGGACGAAGUGAAGGCUGUGGUUGAGGAGAACAAUCUCUUCAAUGUGGAACACAUGAGUGUGUUUGAAUCAAGCUGGGAUCCACAAGACGACGACACAAACGAUGAUGUCGUGUUGGGCUGCAGCAGUAGUGGUUUUUAUGUUUCCAGGUGCAUAAGGGCGGUGGCGGAACCGCUGAUUAAGAAACACUUCGGAGAGGCCAUUCUUGAUGAUCUGUUUAUGGUUUAUGCCAGCAUGAUUUCAAAGCACCUCAAGAAAGCGAAGGCCAAGUAUCCUAUAAUUAUCAUCUAUUUGAAGGCCAAGCACUAAGA